UUAAUUUUCUUAGCCGUUGGAAAAUAGGUUUUGCCCAAAAGAAGGAAACACGUAUAAAACUUUUGCGACUCGGCGGUGUGUUGUCGCCGGCUGCCAUUGAAGAACAUACCUUCUUCACCACUCUGCUGCUCAAUCGGUCAUUUUUUGGAUAGAGGAUGCAAGAAAAGGUAUCUGAGGAAGAGAUGGUGACACCAGGAGAAGUACUGGGGAAAGGAAGCGAAGUGAAAGCAGGGAAGGGAGCAUAUUUGUCACAUCAUAAUAACACCGUCUACGCCUCCCUCACCGGCCGCCCUUCCCUCUCCGCUGCGUCACCUGAAUCUCCAGACCAGAGGCCAACUGUGGAAGUGAUUGGACACAAAGCCCAUGGUCCUGUUCCUGAGCCAGGUUGUGUUGUCAUCGCUCGAGUAACUAAGGUGAGUGCUAGGAUGGCUUCAGCAGAUAUUAUGUGUGUUAGCUCCAAAUCUGUACGAGAAAAAUUCUCUGGAAUCAUCAGACAACAAGAUGUGAGAGCAACCGAGAUUGACAAAGUAGACAUGCAUUUAUCCUUCCGCCCUGGUGACAUUGUCAAAGCUUUGGUUCUUUCUCUAGGGGAUGCACGUGCAUAUUAUCUUUCAACUGCACAAAAUGAAUUGGGAGUUGUAUCUGCAGAAAGUAUGGCAGGUGGCACAAUGGUUCCGAUUAGUUGGACUGAGAUGCAGUGCCCGUUGACUGGUCAAAUUGAGCAGAGGAAGCUCCGCUCUUCACUACUUCACGCAGCGCCACCCAAAGCAACUCUACUUCCGUCGCCACAAAGUUCGCAAACCCAAUUUCAAUAUAACACAGAUUCCUAUCUGUGUCUACGUUUGCUUUCCUCACAAUCAAUGGAUCAACAAUCAAAAAACGUUGAACAAAUUGCCAUGUUACCCAUGGCUGAUAAAUCAUGCUCAGAGUCUUCAACUCCAAUCAAGAAACUCCAUAUACAAUCAAUCAAACAUCUUGAUGCAAGCUUCAUGUCUCCAACACCAGAGAAGACAAAUGAGACUCUGAACAUUAGGUCCAAAAAGGAACCUGCUAAACUCCCAGAUAAAUAUCAAAUCCUUUCAGGCCUCUUUAAUCGUAUGACUACUUCACUGAGGCUCCUCAAUCUGCAAAAAAAAUCACCUACUUUCAGUAAUAUAUGUCAUCAAGUUGAAAAACUCACAGGAAGGAAAUUCUCGUAUACUCAUCUUGCACAGAUGAAGUUUGUUCUCCCUGAAGCCAUUCAGACUGAUAAGAUACUUUUACACAAUAACAAGACUUUGACUAUGGAGCCAGACAUUAAAGUCACAUUGCUUUUUGAUAUUGUAGAAGGUCAUAUUGAACAUUCACCUUACAUUGCUCUAUGCCAUACAUUUUUCUCUAGGCUCUUAAAGUUUGUCAAUACACAUUCAGAGGGUUGUGACGUACCCGAAGCUGAACUUCCAGAACCAUUUAACCAAAAAGAGAUCAGAUCAAAGUCUUUAAAUGUGGAUUUAUCAGUGGAAAAAGAAAAACUACCAAAUGUUGAAGAAUCUGAGCUACUUAAUCCUUCUCAUUUGGAGCCUUUUUUCAGUAGACAUUUUACAAAAAAAGACAAUGAAGAUACCACAAGUGAAAAAGAAACUGGUUUUAGUUCAUGUUUGGAUACAGUUAAAGAUGAGAAGACAUUUGAAGCUGUUAAUGGAAGCACACCAAUGAAACCUCCAUUGUUACAUAAUGGGGUAUCUCUUUUAACUCCUGAUUUACCAACUCCAAAGAGAUCAGUGGCUACUGAAGAUAACAAGGUUUGCCAGAAAGUGAUGUCAAGUAGUUUAUUUACAAAAAGGUCCCUGGAUUUCUCAAAUCCUGACAUUGAAGGUGUAGUUAUGGAGGAAAAAAGCAACUCUGUCAGUAUUCCUUCUGGAAAGGUUGAGGAAAAAAGUUGCUUAUCUGACCUUGUUGAGACCAUUUACAACAUAUUCAUGUCUGCAAACUCAUCUUCAGUUACUAAAAGUGAACUUGUCCACAAAAUCUUGAUCAAUAACUUUGACAUCAUAGAAAACGGAGAGAUUGAAGAUCAGAUAGAUGAUGUUGUAAAGAAAGUACCAGAUUGGAUUAGUAAGAAGGUGGCUCCUAGUGGGGAUCUUUUGUACAAUAUCAACAAAGGGUUGGAUUUGAAGACUGUUACUGAAAAGCUUAUUAUGUAACCACAAAAUUAAGAACUCGUGGUGAGAGUGUGAGAUAAUGAUGAGGAAAUUUGGUAGUUUCUAGUGUCCGGAUGUAUUGAGACUUGUUAUUGAUGGAU